CCCUUGUGCAGUGUAGAGAAGCCUUGUGUGAUAUUCUGUCCCAGCUGCUCCCUGCCUGGAGAUCUUAUCCUGUGCUCCUCAGCACCUCCAUCCCUUUCUUGUGUUGUAACCUGAGAAGUCUCUGCGCCCAUCUAAAGAAAGCCUCCCCAGCCCUUCUGUCUGGCUGUGCCUUUCAUCUUACCAUUUACAGGGACUGCAAACUGCACAGGCAGGCAAACUAUGCUAAGCAUGUUGCAGGCUGAAAUCCUUUGAGAAGUCUAAGAAAAAGACAAAACUUGCAGGACAUCACAUUUCUUUUCUAUACACUGUAACCUUUCUAUUAGAGUGGUUAUGAUUUUCCAGGUUCACAAUGUGUUAAUGCGGAGAAGAAGAUAAGUGGAAUUGGGAUGCACGGCGUUUGACAGCGCAGAAUAAGCACAUUUUUGGAGACGGGUGAAGGUGUCAGGUCACAGCUGUCUACUGCUUCUCUUAUGGAUCCAAGCAGGAUUUUGGUAUUGUUUUUCAUUCUGUUCUAUGGUGGAGUAUGUAUGGGAUCUACUACCCCUGGAGCGACCACAGGGACCCCCAAUUACCCAUCGGUGCAGGAGGCUACGGAAUCUAAUGUUCGGGAAUCAGGAGAGGACAUACUGGAGGAUGAGUCUGAAAACCAGGAGAACAUUCUGUCCCAGCUACUGGGUGAUUAUGACAAGGUCAAAGCCAUAUCCGAAGGAACUAACUGCAAGUGCAAAUGUGUUGUGAAGCCACUGAACAGAGACUCGUGUCAAAUAAAAAAGAACAGCCCUCCAGUGGAAGAAGAUUACUAUACUGUGGAGACUAUAACUUCUGGACCAGACUGUAAAUGUGCAUGUGUAGCACCACCGUCUGCUUUAAACCCUUGUGAGGGAGAUUUUCGCCUAAGGAAAUUACAAGAAGCAGAGAAAAAUGGUUUCAAGCUAUCAACCAUUAUAGAAAUGCUGGAAGGGGCUUUCUAUGGAUUAGAUCUACUGAAACUGCAUAGUGUGACUACAAAGAUGGUUGGCCGUAUUGAGAAACUUGAAGAGGUUAUUUCUAAAAAUAUCACAAAAAAGCAAGAAAAAAUUAAAGACACUGAGGACAAAAUUCAGACUGAGGCAAGCAAGAAAAAUGAAUAUAAUAGUACAAAAACUAGAGAUGAAGAGCUUGACAGCAUUGGAAAAAUUCUUCAAAGAGAUGCAGCUGCAGCCUACACUGAUGCACAUGAAAAGUAUGAAGAAAGGUUUCUUAGAGAUGAACAGGCAAAAGCUGAAGGUCCAAAGCCCCAUUCACCACCACCUCAGCAAGUUCGAAGGUGGCCAAUUUCUUCACGUCAAAUUAACGUAAGAUCAAAACCAGUCCAAAAGCCUGUUGUCCGAGGUGUAACAUUUUACAAGGCCAAAGAUACAGAAGAUGACAGUGACAUGGAUGAUUUGCAGGAUGAUGCAUUUAGUGGGGACAACACCAUAGACAUGCUAAUUGAAGACCAACUAAUAAAACAUGAUAUUCAGCAGCUCAGUACGACAGAAGGUCCAAUUUCAGCUAGUGAGCCAUCAACUUCAAAUGAUUUUAAAACCAAAUUGGCAACAGAACUGUAUGAUGUAUCAAGUAUAGGAAUCCUCUCCACAUUAUCUUCCUUGAGGAAGAGUUCAGAAGCCACUUUUACAACAAUGGAAUUAACAGAGCAAGCCACCACAGUUCAAUACACAACCAACCAGGUUAAGGAUGACCAAAUUCCAACGACUAUGGAGGCUACAACAACUUCACAGACUACAGAAAGCACUAUCAGUCCAACAGUAGUCAUAAAACCGAUCCAGGCAUCAACACUUGAUAUCAGCACAGUGGCACCAUUACAACCUACUUUAGCAGCAUCCAAAUCAAGGAAAACUACUAUUACUAAGCAGAACACUGUUGAUAGUAAAGAAGAGGAAGAUGAUCUUGUGAAAGUUAUUGGACGAUGCAAAGACACUUUAUCUACAAUUUCUGGGCCUACAACUCAAAACACCUACGGACGUAAUGAAGGAGCCUGGAUGAAAGAUCCUCUAGCAAAAGAUGAGAAAAUUUAUAUAACAAAUUACUAUUAUGGAAACACGUUAGUGGAAUUUCGGAAUCUGGACAACUUUAAACAAGGUCGUUGGAGCAACUCCUACAAGCUUCCCUACAGCUGGAUUGGCACUGGCCAUGUUGUGUAUAAUGGAUCUUUCUAUUAUAACAGGGCUUUUACUCGUAAUAUCAUAAAAUAUGACCUAAAGCAUCGAUAUGUGGCAGCCUGGGCCAUGCUCCAUGACGUAGUUUAUGAGGAAGCUACCCCUUGGAGGUGGAGAGGUCACUCUGACAUAGAUUUUGCCAUAGAUGAGAAUGGAUUGUGGGUUAUCUAUCCAGCAUUUGAUGAUGAAGGUUUUCAACAGGAAGUUAUUGUCCUCAGCAAGUUAAAUUCAGUGGACCUUACCACUCAGAAAGAGACAACAUGGAGGACUGGGCUAAGAAAAGACUUCUAUGGCAACUGUUUUGUAAUCUGUGGGGUGUUGUACGCAGUGGACAACUACAACAAAAAAACUGCCAAUAUAUCUUAUGCUUUUGACACACAUACAAACACCCAGAUUGUUCCAAGACUGCUGUUUGAAAAUGAAUACGCUUAUACCACACAAAUCGAUUACAAUCCAAAAGAUCGGUUGUUAUAUGCCUGGGAUAAUGGACAUCAAGUUACUUAUAAUGUGAUAUUUGCAUACUAAAAUCACCUUGAAACUUUGCCAUUGAAAAAGGGGCAUUUCUGAAUUCUUGAAAUACUAAGUCAGAGUUUUUUAUUUUAACCUGGGCAUCUGAAGACCAAAAAUGUUAUUUUUCUAUAUACCUUAUAUAAUUUAGCAGCCAAUUAAAUAAUACGCAUUUUCAUCUGUAAGGUUGAUAGAAUCAACUUUAAUUACUAUACAACAAAUAUAAAAACAAUUUUUAAAAUCCAAUUAAUAUUCACACAAAUAUUUUAUUUUAUGCAACACGUACAAACAAUAUUUUCAAUAUGAAAUAUUUCUUUUAAUAUUAUUGUAUUUUCACUCACAGUUUUAUUAUUAAUAGAUACUGUACACAGUUUAUAACUUAAAUAUGGAGAAAAUAUGAUUUUUCCAUUGGUAUUUGAAACGUUUCUUUAUGGCAAGAUUGGUUAAAUUGGAACUCCAAGCAAAUUUUUUCUAGAAUUGAAUACAGUUGGGAGGGAUUACAUCCAGGGUCAAGUUUUAUUGCUUUAUAGAUAUAACAGACAAUUUGUAUGGGUGUUCUAAAUAGCAUUCAUCCCUCAUUUAUUACAAACUAUAGAAGAGAAAAUUGUCAUCAUUUUUUUUUUUUUUGCAGGAUUCCCUGUCUACAGUCUACUAUCUACAGUAUGUACCUGUGCCACAUUCUUUCAUGACACUGGUACAUAAAUGAUAUCUUAAUGAUAUGAGAUGGUGGGCGCCCAAUAUUGGUAUAUUUCAUUAAAAAUAUUAAAUGUAAAUUAAUAAAAAAUACUGGUAUAUGCUGAGAGAAGACCCUCAAGUAAAUAAUUUUUUUUAACCCAAACCUAAAUAAAACAUAGUAAUAGUAGUAUAAGUAGGUCAGUAGUCACCUAAAAAAUAGAAACAGAAACCAAAAUAUAGUAAAAGGGACAAACAAAUGUGGCAACUUUUAGGUAUUACAAAUAUAUUUGGGAUAAAAAAAACAACUAUUCUUUGUAAAUGCAAAACAAUAAAAUCCAUGAUUUUUUGUAAAUUGCUAAACCAAAGGAGUUAUUUACGAAUUAUAUUGUGAUCAUAUUUAAAUUAUAUUGUGAAGGCAGUGCUACUAUGUAGGGAAGACGAAACGUAAUCUGUAGUCUGUAGUAUAGGAUAUAUGAUCGCACCUACACCAUGAAGAUGGGUGACUUGAAUAGUCCAAUAGGGAUGCAUACGGCCAUGCACCAUGAAAGCAAAAACAUUCAAGUCAAAAUUGUAGCUCUACAUUGGGUAUACCCCAAUCCCAGAGAGGGAGACUUAGACGGCCAUCUGUUAAGACAGUUGAGACACGGUAGAUUAAUUCACUUUGGGGACAUUUUUGGCCUGGGUUGAAUAAAAACUCAGAAAUCCGCUUCACACAAUCUCUUUAGAUGUAAAAAAAAAAAUGUUAUAUGUGCCUAAUACUAUUAGAGAACUAUGCAUUAUUAUGUAUUUUAUUUGCUGUCAAAUUGAAUUGCCGUCUCUGUCCCCAUUUUGACUUUCUUUCUUUCCCCAUGACCAUUAUCAUUGUGACAACAUUUUAAGGAUCAUCUAAAAUUUCAUAGGAGGACAUCUGUUCUGUCAAAGGUGUAUUUACUUCAUACCCUGUUUAGUCGCUGGGACAAGAAGUGAGAGUCAAUAUCUCAACUUUCCCAGCAGGAAGCAGUAAAAGCCCCACAGGCUUUCAAAACCUCCCCACGCUAUCCAAAACUGGAAAAUAAUGUUCGUCUUGAGUUUCACUUAUAGCUGUGUAUUGUUCUACCCCAUAGCAAAAACCUAAUGUUAUUCACAAUCAUGAAAGGAUAAAUUAGUAAUAUUUUGAUUUAGGGAUUAGAACCAAAUGCAUUUAGCCACAAAGGAAUUGUUAGCAUACAGCUAUUUGCCAUAGCUCUAUGCAGUAUUUAGUUUUGUCUUCCCUUUCGGGAGCUUUGGAGAGGGUACAAUUGGCUGAACUGAGUUAACUGUGUAAGUAUGUAAGUUAUAGGCACUGUAAAGUAAUGAAUUUCUUAUUAAGUGUGGAGAUCUGUGGCUUGAUUGUCAAGGGCACCAGCUUUGUAAUAUCUAUCCAUAACUUUCAACCCCUAUUAUUUUUUUAUUUUGCCAUGAACACAAAUUAGGUAGCAAUAAUGUGGUCAUUCUAUUUUCUUCAAAAUCAUUUUAACUUGGGGACGAUCUGCCUAUGGCAAGAUUUCAGUUUUAGAUAAUUAAUAUAAUUGUGCAAUAUAACCUUAAAGUAGCAUAUUGUUUUACCUGGCCCAGUGUACAUUCACGUGAAAAGGUGGUAUUAAGAACUGAUUUGUUCUGGAGCAGUGGAGAUGAACCUGCUCAUUAAAUCAUGCUAUGUUGAUCAUGAGUCAACACAUAGCAUUUGCCAUUAAAAUGUCCUUGUUUUUUUGUUUUUUAAGCAUUUCCUGGGAGAAACAUAGAGACGGUGUUUGCCUUUUAUGCUAGCGAUUUGGCUGCCAUGUUGAGUCUCAAGCAUCAAUAUUUGAAUUUAUUGAUUUAGAACAUGUAUGGAUAAGGACUGUAUUGUUGAUUUUUCUUUACAAGUAUUGCUUUACACUGACUUUCCUGAUAUUCAUGUUUGUAUCAGAUCUGUAUUAAAGCCAGUAGGUCAGCAUAAUAGCCAA